GAAGAAAACUCAUAAGAAAAAGGACCCGUCUAGUCGACCCACCCAACCUAUGAUAGGCAGCUUGGAAAUUUGCUUGCCUGUUAAUCUCUGUCGAAGAAGAUGGUAUCCGUUUAGAUCCAGCAAAAAUACAGUUUUCUUAAGCCUUCUUUGAUCCUAUAUUCCUAGCCAGUACAAUUUGCAGUUUUCAGAAAUACUAGUAAUUUAGAAAAAAAUGGCUUCAACGGGGGGUCUGGUGCCCAUAACAAGGGCGUUUCUCGCUUCUUAUUACGAAAAGUACCCAUUCGAUCCACUCCCAGACGACGUGUCUCGUCUUUCCUCUCAGAUUCGGUCUUUCAUCCAGGAUUUGAUCCAAGGCUUUCCUCCAACUCAAGGUGAAAGCUUAUUAAUACAAGAAGCAGAUAGUGAGCCUCCGCAUAAAAUGGAUGAGAACAUGUGGAAAAAUAGAGAACAUAUUGAAGAAAUUCUGUUUUUACUUGAAAGACCUCACUGGCCAUCUGUGCUUCAGCAGUCAUCAACGGCUGAGGUUGCAGAAUUUGCUACUACUCUUGGGCAGCUCAAGGAUAAAUUUCAGGCAACUCUGAGGAUAUUGGAGUCUUUCCAAUCCAAAAACUCAGAACGUGUAUUCAACACAGUUAUGACCUACAUGCCUCAAGAUUUUCGAGGAACACUAAUCAGACAACAAAAGGAGAGAUCAGAAAGGAAUAAGCAAGCAGAGGUAGAUGCUCUAAUUAGUUCUGGUGGAAGCAUACGUGAUCGAUAUUCUUUGCUAUGGAAGCAACAAAUGGAUCGAAGGAGACAGCUAGUGCAACUUGGUUCUGCAACAGGUGUCUAUAAAACCCUUGUAAAGUACUUGGUUGGAGUUCCGCAGGUUUUGUUGGAUUUUAUUCGGCAAAUAAAUGAUGAUGAUGGGCCCAUGGAAGAGCAGCGGCAACGCUAUGGACCCCCUUUGUAUAGCCUUACAAGGAUGGUGCUUUUUAUCCAUCUCUUUCUUUCAUUAGCAUGGCAGAGAUUUGAAGCUUUUAAACUAAAUAGGCUUCAGAUUUCAGUCUUGGAAGAAGCGGUUGAUGUUUACACCACCGAGCUUCAGAGGUUCAUAAACUUUAUAAGUGAGGUCUUUGCAAAUUCGCCAUUCUUUAUUUCAGCAGAGGAUGCCAGUAUGUUAGAAAUGGGGAAAAAUGACGAAUAUAAGGAGAUAACUGUUCCUGCUGGGAAAAGUUAUGAGGUUUCAUUGACAGUGGAGUCAAUAAACUCAUAUAUUGCCUGGGAUUUCUCAUUGGUGCAGGGCAAGAUGAACAUGGAUAUUGGAUUUAGUGUGGAGUACACAAAUAAUGGUGGGGAAAAAACACUAAUAUUACCUUACCGGCGCUAUGAGUCAGAUCAAGGAAACUUCAGCACAUGCAUGGCUGGAAACUACAAACUCAUCUGGGAUAAUUCAUAUUCAGCCUUUUUCAAGAAGGCCCUUCGAUACAAAGUGGACUGUAUACCUCCGGUUUUGGAGGAGUCGGAGAAGGGCAGUGAAAGAAAUGAAGUGGAAGAAUGAUGAUGAUAAUUGGUACCCUGGCUUGGUUUUCGUCUUUGAUCAUGUCUUGUAUUUUUAUUCUAUGCUAUAUGAAUCGGAUGCGACUUUUGCGUGUUAACUUUAUGUUGUCGCUGUUGUGCCCAACCUUACCCUUUGUACAUUGUUGAUCUGUUUGACUGACAACGAGACGCACGCAAACGAAAAAGAAAAUCUGUUGCGUAAUGUAUUGUCCAUCAUUGGAUACUCGAUAGUUGGGCAAUUGGCAUCCGAUCCAUCAACUGUUGUUUGUUUGAGUGGGCUCAGCCUUAACUCAUUAAAAUUCAUAGAUGGAAUCAGACUUGGACUUCAA